AUGGGGGAGACCAAGGGACUGGACUGUUGUCUGGAUUCCCGGCGCCCCAGCUCCCCGCUCAUUGACAUCAAACCUAUUGAGUUUGGGGUUCUCAGUGCCAAGAAGGAGCCCAUCCAGCCAUCGGUGCUGCGCCGGACCUACACCCCUGAUGACUACUUCAGGAAGUUUGAGCCCCGGCUUUACUCCCUUGAUCCAAACCUCGAUGAUGUGGACUCCCUGACUGAUGAGGAGAUCAUGUCCAAGUACCAGCUGGGCAUGCUGCACUUUAGCACACAGUAUGACCUGCUGCACAACCACCUCAUAGUGAGGGUGAUCGAGGCCCGGGACCUGCCACCCCCCAUCUCUCAUGAUGGCUCUCGCCAGGACAUGGCCCACUCCAACCCCUACGUCAAGAUCUGCCUCCUGCCUGACCAGAAGAACUCCAAGCAGACGGGAGUCAAGCGCAAGACCCAGAAGCCUGUGUUUGAGGAACGCUACACCUUUGAGAUCCCCUUCCUAGAAGCCCAGAGGAGGACCCUGCUGCUCACUGUGGUGGAUUUUGACAAAUUCUCCCGCCACUGUGUGAUUGGGAAAGUGGCGGUGCCUCUGUGCGAGGUGGACUUGGUGAAGGGUGGCCACUGGUGGAAGGCUCUGAUCCCCAGCUCUCAGAAUGAAGUGGAGCUGGGCGAGCUGCUUCUGUCUCUAAACUAUCUCCCAAGUGCUGGGAGACUGAAUGUGGACAUCAUUCGAGCCAAGCAGCUCCUGCAGACUGAUGUGAGCCAGGGUUCAGACCCGUUUGUAAAAAUCCAGCUGGUACAUGGACUCAAGCUUGUGAAAACCAAGAAGACGUCAUUCUUGAGAGGCACAAUUGACCCUUUUUACAAUGAAUCCUUCAGCUUCAAAGUUCCCCAGGAAGAACUGGAAAAUGCCAGCCUAGUAUUCACAGGAAUCUAA